AUGGUUCAAGAGCACUUCGUCAUCUGCCACCCCGAAAAUAGUACCACGCAAUUUAUAGGAGAUCGGGAUGUCGACUGGGGCCAUUCUCAUCACGAAAUUGACAUGGAUUUCGGUGGUCAAGCUUGGGUCGGCGAUGGUAUUUAUCUGAAUAAUGUACGCCACCUUGUCGUCCUUGCAACUAUCACUAUUUUUUCUAUCCAGUGGCCGUACUCGGGUAUUGACAUUGACAACUAG